GUCAGACAUUCACCUCUAACACCAAUAAAAAUCUUCCAAAAUGCUGAAAAGGUCCUUAAUAUCGAAAAGUUUACGGCUUGCAAAUCCCAGGACUUUUGCUCCAUUCGUAAACAGACGAUUUGCGUCUGAGCCUGCUUUCUCCCCAGAGAAGCAAUCAACGCCAAAGCCGGAAGAAAACAAAGGAAAAGAAGGAAAAAGUUCAUUAGCGCAGGAAUUACUUGAGUUGAAUGGGUCGAGUGAGGAUCCCUACAGCGGCGGUAGCGAUAAAGGUCCUGAAUAUGUAAGUUCGACAAUGCUGCGCCGUGAAAAACAGGCUCGCUAUGCGUUCUGGGGCUUCAUGGGUGCGCUCGGCGGUGGUAUACUUUAUUAUGGUCGCAAAUAUACGGAUGAUGAAAAGGAUUUAGAAAAGAAAUUUCCAGCUGCUGGCUACUCACCCAUGGAUUGGUGGACUCGUGUGAAAGCACGCACCAAGCACUUCUUUGCAUACUAUCAAGAACCUGCAUUUGAGAAACUUCUUCCUGACCCGCUUCCCGAACCUUAUAACCGCCCCUAUACACUUGUGUUGGACUUGGACGAUUUGUUAAUUCACGCUGGUUGGACUCGUGAACAUGGUUGGCGUACCGCUAAGCGUCCUGGCCUUGAUUACUUUUUAGGCUAUUUGUCCAUGUAUUAUGAGAUUGUCAUCUUCACCAAUCAAUAUUUAGCAACAGCAAAACCCAUUGUCGACAAAUUGGAUCCUUAUCAUGUCAGUAUCAGUGCUGUCUUGACUCGCGAACACAGUAAGUAUGAAAACGGAAAACUCAUUAAGGACAUUUCAUACUUGAAUCGACCCCUUUCGAAGGUUAUCAUGGUUGACACAAACCCUGAUGCUUGGUCGAAGCAACCUGAUAACGCCAUUGCCAUGGUUCCUUGGAAAGGUAAUCCCAAAGAUCGAGAGUUAGUUGGCUUGAUUCCCCUACUUGAAUUUAUCGCAAUUAUGGAUAUUCAAGAUGUCCGUCCUGUCUUGAAGAGCUACCAUGGUAAAAACAUCCCUCUCGAAUAUGCUCGUCGCGAGGAAAAACUUCGAAGUCAACUCAUUGCCGAUUGGCUUGAAAAGAAAAAAUAUAGUAAAGCUUCCUUGUUUGGAGGUCGUCCAGUUUCUGAUCAGCCACCCAAACUUCUUAUUGACAUCCAACGUGAACGCCAGAAAGCCGCCUAUGCCGAAUUUAAGAAAUAUAUCGAUGAACAUGGACCGAAGAUGCUCGAGGAAGAAAGAGCUAGAGAAGCUGAACAGAAGUACAGCAUGUUUGACAUGAUCUUCAAUGGGGAUAAAAUUCAGCAACAACAAUUAGAGCAACUUCAACAAGCGCAAGCUGCCUCUGCUUCUGGAUCAGCCAACUGAAGUAUCCGAUGCUUCUAAAGUCUUCUGCUUGUUUUAUGGAUCUUGAUUCUAUAUUAUUCUUACCUUUUAGGAGUCUUUCUGUUUAAUUCUUCCUUUUAAUGCUUUUCUGAAUGAAAACUUUCAUAAAAUAAUUUUGGAUUAUGGUGAAAAAGGACUAGCCCAAUUAUCCAUUUUAACCGUUCGCUACUUUACGUUUCGAGCUGCCCAAACGCUUUGAUAAUGAAAAAGCUUCACAAAAUGCCUCUUAUCUUUCUUCUGUCUUUUUGUGCAAGGCAUUUUAUUUUGUCCUUUAUUUUCUUGGUUAAUUUUAGUACUAUUUCUUUUGUAUAACUUCUUGCACCUUCUAUUCUUCGUAUUCCUCUACUUAUCUAUGUACAAAAAUUCAACAGAAGAACAAAUAAAUUUUAGUUUGAGGUUUAUUUCUUAAACACAAAUACUCAUUAUUCCAAUUUUAUUAUGAU